AUGUCUCAAAAUGCUGUUUCUGAUUAUGAUUCGACUCUUGAUGUCUGUCCCAAGAGGGCUUAUGUGACUUUCUUGGCUGGAAAUGGAGAUUACGUGAAGGGAGUGGCGGGAUUAGCAAAGGGUUUAAGAAAGGCCAAGUCGCUGUACCCUUUGGUGGUGGCUGUUCUUCCUGACGUGCCUGAAGAGCACCGUGAGAUUCUUCGAUCUCAGGGAUGUAUUGUCCGGGAGAUUGAGCCUGUUUAUCCACCUGAGAACCAGACCCAGUUUGCCAUGGCUUAUUAUGUUAUUAACUACUCAAAACUUCGUAUUUGGGAGUUUGUGGAGUAUGAGAAGAUGAUAUACUUGGAUGGAGACAUUCAAGUGUUUGACAAUAUUGAUCACCUUUUCGACUUAGCCGAUGGGUAUUUCUAUGCUGUUAUGGAUUGCUUCUGCGAGCAGACAUGGUCCAGCUCUCCCCAGUACAAGAUUGGCUAUUGCCAGCAAUGCCCUGAAAAAGUGAAGUGGCCUGUUGAAAUGGGCUCUCCUCCUCCACUUUACUUCAAUGCCGGUAUGUUCGUUUAUGAACCUAACCUUCUCACUUACCAUGACCUCCUGGAGACCCUCAAAGUCACCCCUCCGACUUCAUUUGCUGAGCAGGACUUUCUGAAUAUGUUCUUCAGGGAAAUUUACAAGCCUAUCCCACCUGUUUACAACCUUGUUUUGGCUUUGCUGUGGCGCCACCCUGAAAAUGUAGACCUUGACAAAGUGAAGGUCGUUCAUUAUUGUGCCGCGGGAUCGAAGCCAUGGAGGUACACUGGGAAGGAAGAGAACAUGGAGAGGGAAGACAUAAAGUUACUGGUGAAAAAAUGGUGGGAUAUUUAUGAAGAUGAAUCUCUAGAUUACAAGAACGCCACCAUGGCUGAACCAGGAAAGCUUGGAUCCUUGAUCUCUACAUUUACUGAGGAUGGUGUGGUUAAUCACCAGCGGAUUGCUCCAUCUGCUGCUUAA